CUUGGAAAGCGUUCAAUACUAAAGCAAGUUGGAACUUUAUCAUCUGAACAUCCGUAACGUUCAGCUCUCUUUGCGCGUACAUCGCGAUGGCUUCGGGAAGCCCAGACGACUCUGGUAGGCAAGCUGCCCUUCCAUGGACACCAGGUGACGUGUCCGAGAGUGCAACCGAAGCUCUCCAAGCACUGGACACUUACAAGAAGAAGGAUCCAUCCAAAGUGGUGGUUCGCUUCAAGGCAGUCGGUAACGCACCGAUCAUGAGGCAGAACUUCUAUAAGAUUACUGCCUCCAACCGUUUCCAGGCAGUCAUACAGUUUUUGAGGAAGGAGUUGAGCUGGAAAGCCGGAGAUCCACUGUUCACAUAUAUCAAUCUCGCAUUUUCUCCCGCUCCUGACGACACAGUAUCGAAUUUAUACAAGUCAUUUGCUACAGAAGGGCAUCUGAUAGUCAACUACAGCACGACGGCGGCAUGGGGGUAACACUCUCGCUAAACAGUGACAUCUUGUAUUCUUUACACACAAUUGUGUCAUCGUUCAACCUUACACUCGCCACAAGUUAAUACAAAUUAUUCGUUCGUUAUCCCUGUUCGAGGACUUAUAGGCGACUCCUAUAGAUAGGUAUAGUAACUGACAAAGCCUUCAUCAACAU